AUGAAGAUCACGGCGUUGUUGGUGUUAAAAUGCAGCCCGGAGGGUUCGGAUCCAGUGAUAUUGGCCAACUCAUCGGACGUGAGCCGGUUCGGGUUCUUCCAGCGGCCCAGCGUCAAAGAGUUCAUUGUCUUUGUGGCGCGGACCGUCGCCAAGCGGACCCCACCCGGCGAACGCCAGUCGGUGAAGCACGAAGAGUACAAGGUACACGCUUACAACCAAAAUGGCUUAUGUGCAUUGGGUUUAAUGGAUGACCAUUACCCGGUUCGAAGUGCAUUUUCGCUGCUCAACCAGGUUUUGGAUGAAUAUCAAAAGAAUUUUGGCGAUUCGUGGAGAACUGUGCAGGCUGAUAAGACUGAAGCAUGGCCCUAUUUAAAUGAUGCUCUAACUAAAUUUCAGGACCCUGCUGAGGCUGAUAAGCUGUUAAAAAUUCAGAGGGAACUGGAUGAAACGAAAAUCAUUCUUCAUAAAACUAUCGACAGUGUCCUGGCUCGAGGUGAGAAGCUAGAUAGUUUGGUCGAUAAGAGUUCAGAUCUCAGUGCUGCUUCUCAGAUGUUCUACAAACAAGCAAAGAAAACCAAUCAGUGUUGUACCAUUUUGCCUCCUGGAAGGAACCCAACGGUCACAUCAUCUUCACCACCACGAAGGAAGUCGCCAUCGCCCAGCUCAAAGCCCUCCGAAACGACAUCGCCCAACUCUCAAGCACUCACAGAACUGUUGGUAUUCCUACAGAGAACUACAGAAGAAUCAUUCCUUACGCGGAUGAAGUUGGAGGCUCAUUUGAGAGAGAAUGCUGAAGGUUUUCCUGGAAAUUACUAUUAUCAUAAUGCUUUAGUGGGCCUUAGUUCUUUUGUUUCCCCCGUGACUUCAAGGCCGACUGUGUCCGUUCCUGCUUCUUUUCUGCCACCUGAGUAUGUCGUUGAUGACUCAAUGGUUGAAAGUGGAUCUCAUAGAAGUUUGAGUAAUAGACCUGAUUCUGCUCUGGCACAUAACCUUAAUCAUUUUGCCUGUGGGGCUGAAGCAGAAUGUCUCACAUUUCAAUUGCAGUUGGUUGUUGUAUAUGUAGUUGGUUGCUGUAACUUGACUGUAUGA